GUCUGGAGUGCUCUCUCAGCCAAGCGUCUCAUCAACCUCAAGAACAAAGAGCAAGAGAUCCAGAUCCUCAUCAUUGCCCCUGAACUAUUGUUGGUCAUCCGUCCACGACUCUACGAAGCCAACGCCUCAGGUAUGACUCAUCCACUUGGACCUCUCUUCAAAUCUGCCAGUAUACACUUUUUCCAGGGCACCGCCGAAGCCAUCGACACUGAAUCGCAUGCUAUUCACGCUCGAUCCACCCAGAGCGUCGCUGGACUUCAGCAAUAUGCGUUUGACAUCGAUUCUUUGACCUCUGCGGCUAAACUCGAGACUCACCUCAAGAGUCUUGCGUCACUUCCUCCAAGCAAAGCUCGCGAUACGGUGGUCGUAUGCGGGGCUGGUUUCACAGGUCUA